UGAAGUGAAUUGCCGAAUAGGCGAAUCAUAUAAAAACUGCGAGACGCUAACGACCAAACAGACACAAGUCGAACAGUUGUCAUCCACAGAGCAACUAAUCCCAAUUAGCUGUGCAAAAAUGAAAUUCUUUACCGCCGCCACCUUUGCUGCCGUUUUGGCCUGCGCAUGCGCUGACGUCUCCCACUUGGGCUACAAUUAUCAGCAACCCGCUCCGGCUGCUAGCGCGCCAUCCAACUCAUAUAUUCCACCAGCUGCUAAUGCUCCCGAGCCUGUGUAUGCACCCGCACCAGCAGCUCCAGCUCCAGUUUACCAACCCGCACCAGCUGCUCCAGCACACGUUUAUCAGCCAGCGCCUGCUCCAUCCGCUCCCGUAUCUUCUUACAUCCCACCUGCGUCAGCUGCCGCUGCACCAGAGCCAGUCUAUCAGCCCGCUCCAGCUGCUCCUGCUCCAGUCUACCAACCCGCACCAGCUGCUCCAGCACCAGUCUAUCAGCCGGCUCCUGCGCCAUCCGCCCCCGCAUCUUCUUACAUCCCACCCGCACCUGCCGCUGCUGCACCGGAGCCAGUCUACCAGCCCGCUCCAGCUGCUCCUGCUCCAGUCUACCAACCAGCUCCUGCACCAUCGGCACCAGCUUCCUCGUACAUCCCACCCGCACCACAACCUGCUGCAUCUGAGGUUUACGAACAACCUGCUGAGGAUGGUUAUAGAUACCGUACCGUUCGUCGUCGUGUCUACAAACAGCGUCGGUUCUAAGCCAGAGGGAACGAAGUAUAUCUGUCAGAAUUCCUAUUUUAAUUCGUUCAAAGCACAUUGUUACCGUUGUUUUCUUUUAAUAUACAUAAAUCAAUAAACUCUUUCAU